UGGCCGGCGAUAUUAGCUAGCACUCGCUAACGGUAUUCUCUGUAAAAGGGAAGACGGUAACUCAAGAAAAUCAACACCUGGAUUGCUUAAAGGACUGUACCUCAAUAAAUUAUAACUGAUCGAGGAAGGAUUAAUUAAACUGUAAACGUUACAACCGACGUUUAAUAUUUUUUGUUGGGUGUCUGUUGUCUCAUGAUGGAAGAUAACGGUGCACAUUUCUUCGAGGGGACUGAGAAGCUGUUGGAGGUGUGGUUCUCUCGGCAGGAUGAGACCAAAGGAACCGGGGACCUCCGUACCAUCCCAAGGUUUGAGUGGGACAAACUUUUGGAGAAUGUGCACUGUUUGAUCAUAAGUGUGACAAAGACUGACAAGCAGGAAGCUUAUAUACUCAGUGAGAGUAGCAUGUUUGUCUCCAAGAGACGUUUCAUUUUGAAGACAUGCGGAACCACCCUCUUGCUGCAAGCACUGGUGCCUCUGCUGGAACUCGCCAGGGAGUACUGCGGCUUUGAUGCCAUUGAGAAUUUCUUCUACUCCCGCAAGAACUUUAUGAAGCCAACCCAUCAAGAGUUCCCUCAUCGAAACUUCCAGGAGGAAGUGGACUUUCUCAGCCAGAUUUUCCCAAAUGGUGCAGCCUACUGUAUGGGGCGUUUGAACUCUGACUGCUGGUACCUGUUUACCCUGGACUUGCCAGAGUACUGGGAAAACAAGCAUGCAGAUCAGACACUGGAAGUUCUGAUGAGUGAUCUUGAUCCAGCCAUUAUGGACCAGUUCUAUAUGAAAGAUGGUGUUUCUGCAAGUGAUGUCACUCGUAUGAGUGGAAUUCGUGACCUGAUACCAGGUUCUGUGAUCGAUGCCACAAUGUUCAACCCUUGUGGAUACUCAAUGAAUGGAAUGAAGACUGACGGAACUUACUGGACCAUCCACAUCACCCCCGAGCCGGAGUUCUCCUACGUCAGUUUCGAAACCAACCUCUCCCAGACGUCAUAUGAUGAUUUGGUUAGGAAGGUGGUGGAGGUGUUCAAGCCAGGAAAAUUUGUGACUACCCUUUUUGUCAAUCAGAGCUCCAAAUGUCGCAGUGUCUUUUCUUCUGCCCAGAAACUUGAGGGCUACAAGCGUCUCGACCGCCAGUUGGCUCAAUUCAAUGAUUACAAUUUUGUCUUCACAAGUUACGCCAAGAACCGUCAGCAGAACCAGCAGAGCUGAGGGUUGAGGAUGAAGAAGAGGCGUAAAAAGAAAGGCAGCCGCCCGGGACUACCCCCCUGCAGCCGGCCUCACCCCCCAGUAGAGAGCUUGUCGUCCUCCCCCUCCCCCCUCCUCCUCCCCUCGCGCUGCUGUCGUCGUUCAGGAUCUCCUGGUGCUGACGCAGUCGCGAGCCCUAGUUUAACCUCCAGUUUGAGUUGUUUGCAUUGUUGUACCUGUGACUUAGAUCUCUUGCAUGAAAGCUCUUUUCUCUGUUUCGAUAUUCUAGCUCACUCUUGCUGUGAUCUUGAAGUGCAUGUAGAGGAAUUAAACACGCUCUGUUUGAGGCUGUCCACCUGUGCCCAGUACAAUGGUCCCUUCCUGCAGGUCUCCCCCCUCAUCCCCCACAGACAAGGCUUCCGCCCGCACUAGGCCAGGGCCCUGACAUGCUCAGAUCAGUUUGCCUCUUUAUGAGCUCGACUCAGUUUGUCUUUUAUAAAAUCUCAAAUUCAACCCGACUGGUUUGCUUUCCGAUGUUACAAUUGGUGUUAACGAAUCACUACCAGUUAUUGAGUGCACUUUAAAAACCUGUUUACUCAUGGUACAAAAAUAAGACAAACCUUUUGUCUCAAGUCUUAUUGAAUGUAUAAGUCAUGGUGAGCUUUUGGCCAUUCUUCUCGUUGUUGAAUUUCCAGAACGUACUUCAGUUUCGUUGAAAACAAAUGCCAUACUUGCUGUUUAAUGUCGCACUGUCGGAUGAAGGGUUUUGCAGCUUAUUGGUCGGUGUGGUCUUCGGUUACUGUAAACUGCACUAGAGCAGAUCUCUGCUUUGCUGGGCUUUGAGGCGGUGCUCAAAUUGGUUCCCAACACUUGCAUGCAUUCAGUCGUUUGUGCUCCUCCACCUGGACAAUCAUAUAGUCUUUGUGUUUACCCAAGCAGACGAGCUUUUAAAGUUGUAUACCUGGAAAAUGUGUGUGUAUACAUUAAUCAUUUAAGACAUUCGGUAUGCGCACUUUUUUGCACCCAGGCGUCUUUGUUUUACGGCGUGCUGUAUCUAUAAGAAGCUUCUGGGUGUCGUCCACACACACACAUAUUCAGCACUGCGAUUUUUCCACAUUCACAUGAAUUGGUUAAAUGGAAAAUGUUCAGACUGAAUGUAGCACAGUCCAUUUGAAGUGGCCUGUCCACCCGUCUUUCGAAUGUACACGUCUCUAGAGAAAAGCCUGGACCUGGUUUGAGCCGAAUGUACGACUCCAGGAGAGCACACCCGCACCCCCCCACCCCACACACAGAGCGCUCACAAUGCCCUCUGCUGACCAGCCAUUGUCCAGCUCGCAGCAGGUCUCCCCCUGCCAGAGUCAGACUGUCAGCUGGCCCCAGAACCGUGUCAUAACGAGAGUGGGUCCUCCUGGCUACGCCUGCGCCCCGUUCUGAAUGGGAAAUAAUGAAUCAGACACUUUUUGCUUAGUUGCCCAGCAAAGCAUUUUUCUUUUUCCCACAUAAUAUCCAUCCUCUCUCUGUCUCUUUCCGCCCCAUACAGAAAUCUGUAAACGCACAAUAGAGGCCCACCGGUCUGAGCAUGCCAGGGUGAUCCCGGAUCAUUCCACAUGUAACCGCUGCAUAAACUGCCAUUUUAUUAAAUUUAUUGUGUCCAGACAUUUUUUGCAGUGAAUCGGUCGAAAAUGUGACUCCCCUAGCAGUUUUUUUUUUUUUUUUUUUUUUUUUCCUCCUCCUUUUUGUUUGGAUCAGUGCCCUUUGUUCAUUGAGGGGGAAAAUCCUGUGACACUGUGGUGCAUGUGACUACUAGUGCCGUGUUGCUUAACAGUGUAGUGUAGCGAAGUCUCUUCCUCCCUUUUUUUUUUUUUUUUUUUUUUUCUUUUUAUCAGUAGGUCUGUGUGCUUCACCUUCCUCGUUUUACCAGCUGAAAGCGUAAUUGGAGCUGCCGCAUCCUGAUGUGUUUCGGGUAGGCGGGGACUCUUUCCUAAAGGGGUCGGGUUAACUUGUAAUUAAUCUUAUUUCAAGUUGUGGACACGUGCUGAAAGCGGGUUAGGUUUCUUAUUUAUUACUUCGUGUCAAACGUCCAAGGUUUGUGUUCUCCGCCUGCCGUUCAGCCGAGUGGUGUUCGCGGUUCUUCUCCUGCCAGGGAAUGCAGUUUGAAUUUUGAACUGGAGAAGACACGGCGGGAGUCUUAACCUGCUUUCAGCCCUGCGGUGCAGUACAUUCUGUUCCCCCAAGUAUCCGCGUUGAUUGCAUCAACACCUAUAACAGUGCGCUGAUCACCUAAGGCACUCAGCGUGCAAGUUGGAACAGUUCGUGUAGGAAGUGGCACUUGGAAUAGUUUCCCUCUAGUUUGUCUAUCAUGGCUUUUUGGAGUGGUUUCAUUCUUUUCCUGAGGACCAAUCUCUGCUCUUACAUGAACGACCCAACUGACUGUCAAAUGACGUAGGCGAUCUGCCACAACUGUGGUCUUUUUUUCUUUUGAGAAUUUAAACUAGCACUGGUCAAAAAUACUGAAGCAGUUUCAUGCUAACUGUUCUUGGAUUAAGUACAUUUUAGCCUUGUUGGUGUGGAUCAUUGCGACUUUGUUUUUAUUUUUAUACUGUGAACUCAAAACGCAUUUUUGCAGUUGAAUGGCAAGAGAAUUUUAUACAAAAAAAUAUUUUGUAUUUUUGCUGCGGACCAAUCUUCCUUUUUUUUUUUUUUUUUUUUUUUAAAAUCCAAAUGUUUUGUUAUAAACCCAAUGUUCAAAACUAGUUUGUUAGGAAGUUAAGGGAUGACCUUUUUCAAAGUUGAAUGAAUCAUGUAUUCUUUCUUAUUCUUUCACUUUCCUUUGUGAACCUAAUGAAAACUGGCAGAGGAAGCGAAAGUAAAAGCCUCCCCCAGGUGAGAGAGGGUGCAGGUGCAGGAUGUAUCGGGAUGUACUGAAGGAGAAACUUUGCUGUUCUAAUUCUUUCUUUUGCUGUUCUUUGGAUGGUCAAGAUGUGCUAAAUAUAUCUGUGCUACGAGCUUGAUGCUUAAAUAAAAAAGAUACUUAU